AUGGGCAAGCGGGCAGUCGAUGCUCCACGCCUACCGGAAGGCAUCGGAUCACGCGAACCUCAAGCCAACAGCCCAGGCCCCACAGCCGAUCACAUUACAUGGGAUCCCGCCGAAUGGGACUCUAUGAAGUACGUCUCGCAGCCAAAAAACGACGAGAACCCACUGGGCGUGCGUCUCGACAAGGUUCCUAGCUAUCGCUACCGCCAUGACUCCGAUGGGGAAGGUGUCGUGGUUUAUGUCAUUGAUAGUGGCGCAGACACUUCCACAGAGAGGAUAAAAUAUUUCGAGAACGAACUCUACGACGAGGCUAUGAAGGAGUCCUUUGAAAUAGUCAUUCAGGAGUUGCUUGAUUUGAAAAAUGUAGUUUUGGUCACGCCAGCUGGCAAUAAUGACGAGGGAGUCGAGAUUAAAACACCACCGGCGGUUCUUGGACCCAAGUUCGAGGAACUUAUAGUUGUCGUAGGCGUGAUCGGAGACGCAGGUGCGGAUAGAUAUAAGGGCAAAUUUCAGACCGCGGACUACAUAAAGAUAUCCGGAGUGGCUACAGAUAGUGUGUGUGCCAGCGAAAAGGGAAAAGGAGAUAAUGGAGGUGACUAUGAGAAAGGCGUAGCAGGAACUUCCUACGCUGCUGCAACGGUAUCUGGUCUAGCCGCCUAUUUUCUAGGCACGGGAGUGGAGGUGAAAGGGUUCCGCAAAACGCUGUACGACGCGGCUUAUCCAAGGAUAAGUGAGGGUAGGAAGGUGCUCUGGAACGGGGUGGACUACACCAAAGUCCCGGGCGCACCGGGUGGACCCCCAAAGGAACAGAACCAGAACCCAUCGCCCCGGCCGUGCGAAGACAAGAACGACCUGGAGAGCCUCGAGAAGUGCCAAUUUGAGUGCGACGGCACCGGCGGGACGUGCACGCUAUACUCUGUCCCUCUUGGUAGCCUCUGGGCCCCGCGAUUCAGGUGCGAGUGCCCUAAGCCGCCGUCUCCACCCGCCAGCCCGCCUCCACCCACUAACCCGCCCCCGCCGUGCAAACCACAGGGCUUCAUCAGCCAGGAGAAGUCCCACGCUGGGUGCGGCGGCGACGGUCGGUGCACGACGCAUAUCCCGUUCUCUCCGGGUGUAGGCCCGACACCAUGGUUCUGUGAAUGUUCCGAGUGA